AUGGAAGCCUUGUGGAAGCUGGAGGAGAAACUGAAGCUAACGACAAACGAAGCCGUCUUCAUUUUGGUCGGAACAGUGGCUGCGGUAACGCUUCUCUGCACAGCCGCAGCGUUUCUCAACCGCAGUUCUCGAGGAAAGCAAGUAGGAGACGCGGAGUGGGCGUUCCAAAGAGCGGUUGGAUCAAGAACAAUGGAGGGGAAGAGGAGUUGCAAGUGGAGCAAAGUGAAGAGAAGGUUGAUGGGUUCGUUUUGUUGGAGCUCUGCUGCCAAGUGGAUGGAGACGGAAACGCGGCGUCCGCUGCCGUUGCUUGCGGUUAAAGAAAGGAGCCUUAAUGCGGUUGAUCCGGUUUGGCAGCGACCGAUCCUGAUGGGUGAGAAAUGUGAAUUGCCGCGGUUUAGCGGUUUGAUAUUGUAUGAUGAACAAGGUCUUCAGCUUCAUCAACAUCAACCUCAACCUCAAGAAGUGAAACAGAGUUCUCUGGUGAGAACAACUUUGAGAGAUUUGCUUUGA